CGCAGCAUUCGCUGCGGAGCGCGUGUCCGCCGUAAACAUGGCGGCAGCCAGAGAAAGUGAUUUCGACUUCGGACCCAAAAGCACGGAAGACUCGACGCUGCUGGCGGCGCGGCCGUGCGUGGGCGCCAUGGAAAACGAACCAACGACCAGCCAGGUCGUUCACGUCAAGGUUCCCGCUCGCAUCGACGACAGCGAGGAAGACAGCGACGCGUCGAGUCCGCGCGACCUGUGGGACGCCGUGAAGAUCGACCUCGCUCAGGCGGCCUCCGACUCGGACAACGUCGUGAAGGACUCUAGAAUCAGCCGGGCCCCAUCGGUGGAUAGAGAUAAUGUGCCCGUUGAAAGGACUUUGCCGCAGGUUAACUGCCCGGAGAGAAUUGUUAUCUGUGUCGACCUUUGUUCGGAGAUGGAGGACAUGCCGUUCAUAUUCUCAGACGGGUCGAAGCAGUCCCCCCUGUUCAUGAUCAAGCGGGUGAUCGAGCUGUUUGUACAUAACAAGCACAAAAUCGACAAGAGACACGAGUUUGCCCUCGUCGUCUUCCACGAAGUGCCUCUUUGGAUCAGGAACUUCACGAGUGAGCCGAAGGAAAUCUCCAACUUUCUCGAGGACCUGAACGAAACGAGGCAUUGUGAAAGCUGCGACCUCACUGGUUUGUUUGAUGCAAUAACUGAACAUACUCACAUCCCUGAAGUGGGCCGGGAGGCAGUCUUCCCACCACCUUUCCUGGUUCGAACAAUCCUCAUCUAUGGCCGGUCCAACAGCGUCCCUCAGGUUCACAGUGACCUUCAAAUUCUCAAACAAAUGAUGCAUUCGCUCUACUUCUUCCUCGAUAUCCUCUACGUGCACGAACCCUUGUCUGAGACGAACUGCUGUCAAGAGAUAUUCAACGCCUUCGUCGCCCUCGACGACCACCUGCAGUCCUACAUGUUCGAGGUGUCGCGAAACGCCACAAAGCUGCACAACUGUAUGGCCAAGCUUUUGGCGCACCCGCUGCAGAGGCCGCAACAGCACAUAGCUCACUACAAGCUCAAAGCGGACGAGAGUCCGAGCUGAGGCUCGGGACGCUUCACGCCUCAGCCAUGACCUCUAAACUGCAGCAAAGCGCAAAGCCUGUACAGAGUCGGUACAUGGUGCACAGUGGACGAAGGCUUAGCGAAAAGCCUGCUAGGAAAUGCCUGCCACUGAUGUCGUCCUGAUUGUGGCUUUGCGCUGUCGGGCACUUUCGCCAAUGGAGUGUCACCCACUGAAGGAAGCCGUGAAAAGCAUGCUGUCCAGUUUUAAACUAUACGGAAGGUUCUUUCUUUUAUUUUGAAGCUGUUUUUUUUGUUGCUUCGUGUAGUAGUGAUUUUGCGCUUGACUACUUACUACAUAGAAUGCUUUUUAUGUGAAUAUGUAAUCUACUACUUUUGGUACCACGCUUAAUAGAGUU